UUGCCUUUUCCUUGGAUGUGGACAUCCCCCACCUCUCCUGUCGGCAUUGACUUCUAUUCCAUGCACCUACAACUCUACAACCACCAGGACAAGUUGAAGUUCAUUAGAUCACACAGAAAACUAGAUCUUGUUCUUGAGUUUUGCUUCUCUCUGAAAGAAACAAUGGCAGUGGGGGAGAUAUUUCUAUCUGCUGCCUUUCAGAUUACUCUUGAAAAAUUGGCUUCCCCAAUGUCAAAAGAGUUGGAAAAGAGUUUUGGAGAUCUAAAAAAAUUGACCUGGACUUUGUCCAAAAUCCAGGCUGUGCUCCGUGAUGCUGAGGCAAGGCAGAUCACCAACGCAGCUGUGAAGCUGUGGCUAAGUGAUGUUGAAGAAGUAGCAGAUGACGCGGAGGACGUGCUGGAUGAGGUCAUGACCGAAGCUUUUCGAUUCAAGCAACAAAACCCAGUAAGCAAUUUUUCCUCUUUGCCAAGGGAUUUUCAUUUUGAAAUUGGGUCUAAAUUGGAGAAGAUUAAUAAGAGGUUGGAUGAAAUAGCAAAGAAAGGAGAUGAGCUGGGGUUGAAGGAGAGAAGCGGAGAGAAACGGCAUAAUGCAAGACCACCGAGUAGUUCUCUAGUUGACGAAUCUAGUGUUUUUGGCAGGGAGGUUGAGAAAGAGGAGAUACUAGAAUUAUUGGUAUCUGAUGAAUAUGGUGGAAGUGAUGUUUGUGUUAUUCCCAUAGUAGGCCUGGGAGGCCUGGGCAAGACAACACUUGCCCAACUUGUCUACAAUGAUGAGAAAGUGACCAAACAUUUUGAGUUGAAAAUGUGGGUUUGUGUAUCUGAUGAUUUUGAUGUUCGUAGGGCUACAAAAUCAGUCCUAGAGUCUGCUACCGGGAGAAAUUUUGAUCUCAUGGAUUUGGACAUACUCCAAAGUAAACUCCGGGACAUAUUAAAGGGGAAGAGGUAUCUGCUUGUUCUAGACGAUGUGUGGACUGAGAAGAAGAGUGAUUGGGAUCGCUUGCAUCUUCCUCUAAGAGCAGGGGCAACCGGAAGUAAAAUCAUAGUAACUACCAGAAGUGGAAGGGUUUCAUCGGUUAUGGGCACGAUGCCCCCUCGUCAUUUGGAGGGAUUAUCAGACGAUGACUGUUGGUCACUUUUUAAGCAAAUAGCGUUUGAGAAUGGGAAUGCUGAUGCACAUCCAGAACUGGUACGAAUAGGAAAGGAAAUUCUGAAGAAGUGUCGAGGUUUGCCUUUAGCAGUGAAGACAAUUGGGGGGCUGCUGUAUUUGGAGACGGAAGAAUAUGAAUGGGAAAUGAUCUCGAAAAGUGAUUUAUGGGACUUCGAAGAUGAUGAAAAUGGAAUUUUGCCAGCUCUAAGGCUGAGCUAUAAUCAUCUCCCAGAACAUCUCAAACAGUGUUUUGUCUUUUGCUCUGUAUUCCCAAAAGACUACGACUUUGAAAAGGAAACUUUAGUCUUGCUAUGGAUUGCGGAGGGUUUUGUUCUUGCAAAGGGAAGGAAACACCUGGAAGAUUUGGGUUCGGACUAUUUUGAUGAGCUGUUGUUGAGGUCUUUCUUUCAACGCUCCAAAAUCAAUUCUUCCAAGUUCUUUGUUAUGCAUGACUUGGUUCAUGAUUUGGCACAAUAUCUAGCAGGGGAUUUGUGCUUCAGAUUGGAGGAGGGUAAGUCGCAAAGCAUCUCGGAAAGGGCUAGGCAUGCUGCAGUGCUACACAACACGUUCAAGUCAGGGGUCACAUUUGAGGCCUUGGGUACCACAACAAAUUUACGUACGGUUAUACUGUUGCACGGUAAUGAAAGGAGUGAGACCCCUAAGGCAAUAGUCCUACAUGAUUUGCUGCCAAGCUUGAGAUGCUUACGUGUAUUGGAUUUGAGUCACAUUGCUGGGGAAGAAAUACCAGAUAUGGUAGGAAGACUGAAACAUUUAAGGUAUCUCAACCUCUCCAGUACUCGUAUUAAGAUGCUGCCUCCAUCAGUUUGCACCCUUUAUAAUCUCCAAUCGCUGAUUCUUAUGAAUUGCAACAACCUUAAGGGGUUGCCUAUUGACAUGAAAAACCUACUAAAUCUGCGGCAUCUUAAUUUAACUGGAUGUUGGCAUCUCAUAUGCAUGCCUCCACAGAUUGGGGAGCUUACUUGUUUACGAACAUUGCAUAGAUUUGUUGUGGCAAAAGAGAAGGGUUGUGGGAUUGGCGAAUUGAAGGGCAUGACAGAGCUUCGAGCAACACUUAUAAUUGAUAGGCUUGAGGAUGUUUCCAUGGUUUCAGAUGGCAGGGAGGCGAAUUUGAAGAACAAACAAUAUCUUCGUAGGUUGGAAUUGAAAUGGAGCCCUGGACAUCAUAUGCCGCAUGCAAUUGGUGAGGAGCUUCUUGAAUGCCUUGAACCUCAUGGGAACCUCAAAGAAUUGAAGAUUGAUGUCUAUCAUGGUGCUAAGUUUCCAAAUUGGAUGGGAUACUCCAUGCUCUCUCGCUUAGAAAGGAUCGAACUCUCCCAAUGUACCUACAGCAGAAUCCUCCCGCCCCUUGGACAGCUACCGCUUCUUAAGUAUCUCAGCAUUGAUACAAUGAGUGAAUUGGAAAGCAUUAGUUGCGAGUUUUGUGGUGAAGGUCAGAUUCGAGGGUUUCCUUCCUUAGAGAAAAUGAAGCUUGAAGACAUGAAGAAUUUGAAGGAAUGGCGCGAGAUAGAGGAUGGUGACUUCCCUCGCCUUCGCAAACUUACCAUUAAAAACUCCCCCAAUAUUGCUAGCCUUCCAAAGUUUCCAUCACUUUGUGACUUGGUUUUAGAUGAAUGCAAUGAGAUGAUUUUGGGGUCAGUGCAGUUCCUCUCAUCUCUAUCCUCAUUGAAAAUUUCGAAUUUCCGAAGACUGGCUUUAUUACCUGAAGGCCUUCUACAGCAUCUAAAUUCACUAAAAGAACUAAGAAUUAAAAAUUUUUACGGGCUUGAGGCGUUGAAAAAGGAGGUAGGCUUCCAGGAUCUCGUGUCUCUCCAACGUUUUGAAAUUUUAUCGUGUCCAAAGCUAGUGUCGCUUCCAGAAGAAGGGUUAUCAUCUGCACUUCGAUAUCUCUCCCUCUGUGUAUGCAACAGUUUGCAGUCCCUGCCAAAAGGACUCGAGAAUCUGUCCUCCCUUGAAGAAUUGAGCAUUUCCAAGUGUCCUAAGCUUGUGACUUUCCCUGAAGAAAAGUUACCAAGCUCACUCAAACUGUUGAGAAUUUCAGCUUGUGCCAACCUGGUAUCACUACCUAAGAGACUUAAUGAACUCUCAGUUCUUCAACAUUUGGAAAUAGACUCCUGCCACGCACUAAGAUCCUUGCCAGAGGAAGGAUUGCCAGCCUCAGUUCGAUCAUUAUCUAUUCAAAGAUCUCAAUUGUUGGAGAAAAGGUGCGAAGAAGGUGGUGAAGACUGGAAUAAGAUAGCUCAUAUCCCUGACAGAUACAUUAUAAGAUUUUAAAUCAACUCAAGAUCUGAAAUGGAGCUGCGCUAGGAAACUAAAGCUCCAAUAGUGACACGGUAUCAAGGUUUCCUUCAAUUCAUUAUCCAUGCUGUAUAUUUUUUCUUUUUAUCCUUUUUUCCUUGAAAAUUUGACAUGAAAAGGAACUUUCUUUUAUAAGUAACUGCUUUUUGUUGGUUCAAGUCAUGUUGGGGAACUUUAUUUUAAAUGGGAAAUCAUUGUUUGGAUCUUGGUUUAAAA